AUGUAUGAGGAGCUCUUGAACUUUCUGCUGGCGAGGAAGAAGAGGCUGCUGUCUGAGGAAGAGGCCGAUAGACUUAUGGAGCUUAUUACCCAGUCGAUGGAAGCCAGAGAGGGCCGGGAAGGGAAAGAGGACAAUACAGCAUUGAUAAGGAAGAUCCUCGAAAAUGUGGAUAUGGACCAAGCUUACGAAACAGACACUGAGAGCAUGGAAAAUGCUAUGGAAGAUUUGCUUUUUGAUGGCUACAGCAGCGAAAUUUACAGCAACGAUACUAUAGACUUGAGCGAGUCUGACAACGACACAGAGCCUCUGUCUGAGCGGAAGUUCCAGAGAGGAGAGUUUAGAGCUGGAGUGAAGGCUUCUGAGAAUGAAGAGGAGCCGAAGAGGAGGAUUGGGCUCAAAGACAAAGCAAAAGAAGGGGAAUGGAAGGAUCUGUCGGGAGGGAAGGAUAACGAUCUCCAACCACCAAAGGAUAGCACAGGAGUUCUGUCGGAGGAUGGGGAAGGCCCCAAGAGAAGGGAAUUCAAGCUCCCUGGAUUUAGUAAGGAGAAGAAGGAGAGAUCAUUUGAGAUGAGGGAUGGCGGGGACUUUAACUUGCCAGGGUCUGUGGAAUUUGAGUUUGAUCUCGGAGAACUAAAGAAGGUGAAUAAUACCGGGCCGAAUGUGAAGUUUUUCGACGAGGAUGGAGAAGAGAUCUGA